ACUUUGAUGCGUUCGGUUCGCUUUUCCCGAUUCCGCGUGAUUCUGAGACCCGGUUUUUGUGCAAUUUAAACUCGUAACGCCUGCGCCUUUGUCGACCACAAAAUACUAAGUUCGGAGUGCUAACUGUUCGGGAUUUUUGGAAAAAACAUAAUUGUGAGAAACUAAAAACUUCCUCUUAAUCAUUUUUGGAUUUACGCAUUUGGGUUUGAGCUCCACACAUUACUGGCAAUUUAAAGAUCCACGAACAACUCUAUCACGUGCCGAAGCCACAAGUUGUUGAUAAGUCGCUGGGCAAAUAGCAAAUAACAAACAACAAACACGACCCGAAGACCCCAGAAAACCCGUCGAGAAAUAGAAACAAACCAGCUGAAAAGCAAAGCUCUUGGCUCGGUUGGCAUUUCAUUUGCCUGGAUCGCGUUACGUGGUGCGGUUGGUGUUUGAGUUUCGUCUGCCGGCCAAAAAGAAAGUCACGACAGAAACGAGAUUUCCAAGAUUCUGCAACGAAAGUCAAAGUUACAAGUUUACUCCAAAUUCGAGUCUUUCGGCCGCGGUUCAACGUCUCUUGCCACUUUCGGGUCUCCUCCAGUCAAUUUUUCGGUGUCUCCCCGUGUGUGCCACUUUAGAAAGUGAAAAUCGAGUGCAGUGCGCCGCAACUUUUGUCUGAUUUUUUGGGCGCUGCAGUUGAAAGUGAAUUUUGUUUGGGCUGCAAGUGAUUUUCGUGUUUCGGCUUUCGGCUUUCGGGCGCCCAAUUCAUCAUUAUCGAUCAGUAGCCCGCGGUUUUCGGCUACUUGAAUCCACUUCACAUCCAUCGACAGGAGGGCCCGGCAAAUAAGUCCAGCCACAAUGGAGGCCGAGGAAGUUACAAAACUCGUCGAUGGCGUGUACAGGAACAUACUCGACAGAUUUAAUCCGGGUGCAAGGCAACUGAUUGCGGCGGGCAAAAGCUACCUCAAGGCGUUGCACGGUGCCGCAACCGCCUCGCGUCUAUUCAAUGAAGCAUUGGCCAAGAUUGCGAUGAACGCCCAGCAAAGCGGAACGGGCGAUAUUGGUUCGGCUUUGAUGAGCGUUGUGAAUGUCAACAAGGAGAUACAGGAGCAGCAGAUGAAUAUUCUAAAAGCCUUUUACGUGGAUCUAUUGGUGCCAUUGGAGACAAAUCUGGAGAAGGACACGAAGGUGGUGCAGCAUGAGCAGAAGAAGUUCCUGCAGCAGCACAAGGUGCGCAUGGAGAGCUACCAGAAGGCGGUAUCCACGAUGAAGAAGCAGCGCAAGAAAAAGGCCACGCCCGAGAAUACCGAGAAGGAGCUGAGGAGCCUCCAAUUGCUCGAGGACCAGAAGAAAAAGCUUGAUGUAUUCUGCGAUCAGAGCUACAAGAAUGCCAUGACACAGGAGCGCCGACGGUACGGAUUCGUCUUGGAGCGCCAGUGCUCCAUCGCCAAGCACUGGAUGGCCUACCACACCACCGGCAAGACGGUAAUUGAUAAUAAUUUCGAAAAUUGGCAAGAGAUUGCCGCUUCUCGUGAGAUCAUUCCCCCGGCUGCGUAUGAAAACGGCUACAGCAGCACCAAUGGCCACAACAACAUCAGCAACAACAGCGGCAACAUGCGGCGCCUGGAGCGCAUUAAGGACGGAGACGAUGAUCACCUCCAGAGCCACGGAGCCCAGUUGAAGAAGUCGCGCAGCAUCGAUGCCCCAUAUGGUGAUAUGCGGACUCUGCACGAGCGGGAAAAUAUUUCCGGAAUGGGCAUUGCUGGAGCGUCGCACUACGCCCAAAACUCGCUGCCACGUGCCAAAUCCGACUUCAAUCUGGCCUUGGUGGGCACUGGUCAAAGUUCAGGCAACAAACACAAGAUCAUUGAGGAGCAGCUGUCGCCUUUGGUGGACGAUCAGCGCGGUGAUCAGCGUCCCUUGGUGAAGGCCCUUUACGCCUACAUGCCCUCCGGGGAGAACCAAUUGUCCUUCGAGGAGGGUGACCGCAUCGCCUUGGUGGGCGGAAAAGCCAAGGGCUGGCAGUUCGGUGAGAAUCUACGGACGCAGCACUUCGGUUGGUUCCCGGUGGCCUACACCAAUGCGGAAUCCUCGGAGGCAGCCACUUCCGGUGGUCGGCGAUACGAGAAUAUGCUAAUGAGCUACGAGCGGAAUGGAGGUGGUUCGGGAUCCGGUUCCGGUGGAGGUGGCCUGCGAAAUUAUCAGCAACAGCAGCAGCAGGAUUACGAGGCGCAGCUGGAGCUGAUGGAGAGCCAUGAGGCAACGUAUCGGAGGCGAAGGAACCACAGUGCCGAGGAGUCCUCGCCCACGCGGAUGUUUGGGGACACCAUCAAGCAGCAGAAGAAGUACCGUCCUGGUUCUGGAGCCAAUCCGCGUCCGGGUCCACCACCCACACUACCAGCUCCAGUGCCCAAUGGCCAGCAGAGCCAGUCCACCAGGAUGCUGAACAGCUCGCAAAGCUUCUGUGCCUCCAAUGGAGGAGUCACGGCGGCGGUGGAGAGACGCAAGCAAAAGCUACUGAAUGGUGUGCAGAGCUCCAAGAGCCAUCCUUCAGGAAAAUCCGGAGUGGCUGCCAAGACCUCGCUGCACAGCAGCAAUGACAGUGGAUUCGCCAAUGAGCCACCUCCGCAGCCGGAAGUGGACUAUUCCGAUGAGGAGCCAGCCACACAGCGAGUGCCCAUUCGUAGACGUCGGGCGGACACCAAUUCGCACACCCACACGGUGCCCAGGGAUGUGGCCUCGUGGACGCUGAACCGCAAUUUCCGGAACAGCGUUGACAGCCAGAUCGACGACAAGAGUCUCCAUCGGUUGAGCCGGCAGAGCGGAGGAGUGGGCAAGAUGCGCUACGACUUGAUUGCCUCCGAUGACGAGAUCCUGCAGGCAUCCAGUGCGGGUCUUAAACGCACCAAAUCGUUUUGGAAAUUCGGAGGCGGACGCAGCGGCGAGGAUAUCCUGGCCGGCAUGUCCUUGUGGCAACACCGCGACCUGGUGGCAGCACCCAAUCUGGAGGAGAUGCGCGAUCGGGAUGAUUUGGAGCGACGUUCGGACGAGGAUCGCAAUGGAACGCUGACCAAGUCGCAUAACUCGAGUUCCUCGCAGGAGAAGCGGGAACGCAAGGACAGCCUGACUAGCACGGAACUUUAUGGGGAUGAGGAUGAGAAUAUCUAUGGGGUGAGUCCACAGCAGCCGCCACAGCAACAACAGCAGCAGCAGCAGCAGCAGAGGAGCAGCUACACUCCCAAAUCGCGAAUGAAGAUCAUGAAGACCAUAGAGAUUGACAUUGAGGAGCCCACGGAAGCGGACAGGAUGAGCACCAUGCGACGUGGUGGUCAGUCGCAGGAUCAGCAGCAGCAACAUCGCAAGCUGGACAAACAGGUAUCCGGCACAGGAUCACAGCACAAAUCCCAGACCUUGAGUCGCUCCAAGCCUUCCCAGCAGCAACAAUUUCCCCAAUCCACGGACGAAGGUGACAGCGAUGAGCAUGGAACACUGAAGCUCAGCGAUGUGAACAACUUCUUUGACGAGGGCAAGAACAACAGCCAUGGUCAUGGACUGGUCAUGAAGACGGUGAAGCGCCAGGACAUACUGAAGCAGUACUAUACCAGCGAGGACGAGGAGGAGUCCGAUGCGGAGCUGAAGUCCACCAGCUCCGAUCCCUACGACUGUAUCGUGAUCAACGAUCACCUGGUGCGAAAGGACGACAAGUUACGACGGCAUCAUCAGCAGCAGCAGCACCAGCAGAUGGAGUUCCACACCUUCCGCUCCUCCACAUCCACCACGGCGACCAACACGCUGAAGAAGGGCUCCUCCAAGGAGCAGGACAGCACUCUCACCCGCAACUCCACUGCGAGUUCGGGUGCUCCAACGGCCACCAUCCUGCCGCGCACACGCCUCCUCAAGUCCUCCGCAUCCGCCAGCAAUAAUAUCAGCAGCAGCAGUGCCACUCUGGAGCGGAACUCCAAGAGUCUGGCCGGAAACAAGAGCUACGGGCCAUGGUACGACUUCUGGGAUCAGGAGCAGCAUGGCCAGAAGUCGGCGAGUGCCAAGCUGAAGUAAGGGGGAAAGGGUUAAGGAUCGAGGACGAGAGUUUCGCCGUCUUCUUACCGGUUAAGAAAAUGGGCAGAGAGUGAGUGGAGGAGGGGCAGCUGGGGAAUGGACGUGUCUACAGUGAUCCCGGUCAUCCCAACCCUUUCCCAGUUUGCCUUGUGUCCCUCGUUUGAAUUUAAGCAAUAUUUACCCUGUAUAAUUUCAUUAGUUUUAGUCUAAGGCAAGUUCUGUUUUGUUUGUUCUAUUGUAUGUACAUAUCUUAUUUUAAUUUUAAAAGCUAUUUAAAUACUUUUGUGUUUGCCAACGAUGAACAAAAUCAGAGGAAACUUCAUAGAACAAGGACCUCUUCAUAAAACAUUCUCCUUCUUGAGUUUCGGUGCCUGCAUGCAUAUCAUUAAAUUUUAAUUCGUUUAAGACUAAGCUAUAUGCCUCAUAAGUUCACAAUUUGUUAGUCGGAAUAAUGCAAACGUAAAUUGCUUUUCUAGCAGGCGCGGUAUAUACCGCAACUAUUCCAUAGGUUACUGACCAGUAGCGAGUCCGUGUAUCCCAGCUAGCCCCACCAUCCCCCGCAUUAGGUUGUAUUUUGCCAGCCGUAAGUAGAGGUCCCAUCGUCUGUGGAGGAUCGCCUUCCUCAACUGGACAAGUCCUUGAUCUUUUGCAGAGCCUGUCAGUUCGCCACGGUCAAGUUGCGGCACACCAAGACGAACGACCGAUCGGCCCCGAUGAUCUAUCGGAGUGUGAACAAGUAGCAACGACAGCGGAAGGUGGAGUUUUCCCUGUGACCAAUGGGUUUACUGGACGAACCGAAAGCUCCAGCCACACCACCACUCUUAAUCACUAAUCCACACACCAAACACAAAACAACAACAACGCAAUCUAUACAAAUCACACGUUUUAUAUAGCGCAUAUACAAUUAAAGGCAUUAUCAGUUAGACCCUCCAGUUGCUUAUGGGCCUGGAUAAUUUGGUAGUCAUUAAGUCGUACUGUUUGUUAAACAUUCUGUUUGUAUGUACUCUAUGUUAAAGUUCGAAAUGUAUAUUCAAAUACCAUAAUGAUUAAUAAACCUUAUAAAGUUCACAA